UUACGCUCCAGGUCUGGUGGGUCUGAAUGUGCUGCGUCUCCUGACGUCGAUGUACUUCCAGUGCUGGGCAGUGAUGGCCUGUAAUGUUCCUCACGAGCGAGUUUUCAAGGCAUCGAGGUCCAACAACUUCUACAUGGGCCUGCUGCUCCUCGUGCUCUUCCUUAGCUUGCUUCCUGUUGUUUACACGAUAAUGACCCUGCCCCCGUCCUUCGACUGCGGUCCAUUCAGUGGUCAGGACAGGAUGUACGAUGUGGUUAUGGAGACUAUAACGCAGGAUUUACCAGCUUUCAUAGGGAACAUUUUUACGUAUGCCACCAAUCCUGGACUCAUCAUGCCUGCCGUCCUCCUCAUGGUGUUGGCCAUCUACUACCUUAACACAGUGUCAAAGGGAUACCAACAGGCAAACCUGGACCUUAAAAAGAAGAUGAAAAUGGCCCGAGACGAGGAGAAGAACCGCAGGAACAACAAAGACAGCACUAAUCAAGUAAUGAAAGACUUGGAGGACCUUCUGCCAAAUAAAUCUCUAAUACCGCCUCCCACUGAGGAAGAGCCGCCUCAUGAUAUUGUAAUUGAGAAGGGAAGCAAGUCUACCAAAAUGAAGCCAGGAUCAGCGGGGAAAGGGGUCAACCUACAAAAGGAGGUGUCACUGGCUGCCCCAAACCCCCGAGGGCCAGUAGCCCAUCCUCCUCGGGCACGGGGAGGGCCUCCUGGACAUCUCAGGGGCCCUAUACCUGGGCCUGGCAGAGGGAGAGGUCGGGGCGCUCCUCCGAGGACAUAA